AUGUCGUAUAGCGAAAAGACAGGCACUCAACGUAGAACUGGUGGCGCCAACACCAGAGCCAAAUCCUCUUUAUUCCAAGUUCAAUUUGAGGGUGGUAAACAAUUAAAGACUGCUCAACAAAAAUCAUAUAGUAUACCAAAUAGAGCAAUUGAAGAUUUAGCAAACAAAUUAAAAGAUCCAAAGGCAACGACAGGAGAACCAAUAUUCAUGUCACCUGAUGGAACCUUUUACGAUAUCAACUAUCUUCCCGUCUUUAAACACAAAGUACCUGACCGUGCCACACUAAACAACUAUGCAUCGGUCAAUUUUGACGAAGAUGAAGAGGAGUCGUUGCAAGAGCAACUAUUCCAUCUCUACAACACCAUUCCACAGAUCGACGAGUUUGACAACUUUUUCGACUAUGAACAAGCCUUUUUGGCGUGGAAGUUUGCCGUAGAGACCAUCUUUCAAGACAUCCGACUUCCAUACGCUGGAGGUCGUGCCUACUACCGUCCCCGUGUCUCAGACUAUCAACGCGGACGUGACAAUAGCACUUUUGACUAUCGUCCAUCAGUGUCGUCGUUUUCACACGAAGGCGACAGCGACGAAAAGAGCGAUCCCCUCAACAGCAGCGAGAUAAUGGACGACGAGGUCGGUGGCCUCGCCGACAGCUCCGAGCCGUUUGACGUGUCAAUGUUGCGUCAGGAUCUCAUUGACAGCGAGCCGUGGGAUUCGCAUUUGUACCCAGUCGAGCCACAGCCAGCCGACUACAACACCUACGAAGAGUACGAAGAAGCACUCACUCGUUGGGCUUCCGUCUCUGCACAGUUGCCAUUCCUCCCACCACAUGCCUCCCAACUCAAGGAUCUCAUUCCCAUCCAAGCCAUCUCUCGUGGUGACAAUGACUCGUUUAUCUCGAUUGUCUCUUCCGAGUCCAAGGCUGAGCAGUUGGCCAAGCAGACGGCAUGUAUCCGAUCGGGUAUCCACGAGGUCUUGUUCUUUGACAAUGACGUCGGUGUCAACUACACCCAAGUCAUGACCUCGCUCGCUGCCAACAAUCCAACUGUCCUCCCCGAUGAUGUUGCAUCAUCGACCACGUCGUCACCUUCCCCCUCAUUAUUAUCUGUACACUUUUCCAAAGAUGCCAUCUUUUCCAGUGCAUCUCAACCCAUCAAACAAAACAUUCGUGGUAUCGUCAACAAUUUGCUCCAAAAGAGACAACAAAACCUUACCACCCACAAGUCCUAUGUCCUACCACUCCUCCCUCGUAUUCAUGGUACUCUUUCACCUUCAAUGCCUUCACUUACAAAACCAAAUAAUAGUUUAAAAAAUACUCACCUUAGAAGAACAGAUUUAACACCAGAACAAUUAAAAGGAUGUCUUGAUUGUCCAGCAAAGGUUGGAGGACAAAAUGUAAACUUUAAGAUUCCAAUUCAUGAUAUUAUAUUUGAUUUUAAUAGAUUAAAGACUGAUCCAUCGUAUGCACCUGUCAUUAUCAAUCAAUUCCGUACAUUGAAUACCGCCGAUAGACAUAAUCCACACUUUUCAUGGUACAAUCCAUUGGUGACAUCGUCGACCCACCAAAAACACCGUGAUGACAUUGACCAAAUCAUCACCUCGCAACACCGUAUCACCAAAGACUCGCUCGACUAUUCCAACAUUUCUGAGAUUCUCUAUGGCAACAUGUACUUGGACAAGUUUUCCGAUUUGCUAGACACCUCGUUUUCCGAGGAUUUCGAUGGUGGAAAGAGUUAUGCCACUGUCAUUACCAAGUGUAUCAAACCAGAAAACAUUGAUGAACUACUCAGUCUCGUUCAAUGCUCCAAGAGCCCAAUGUUUCAUGCCAAAAUGUCGUUCCUCGUGAUGAAUUUGUUCUCUGGUAACCAGGGUAGUCCAAUCAUUGAGCGAUUGAUUCAAAACAAGGAUGUCAAGAACCUCUCACUCCUCACCUACUCGUUUGACUAUCUUUCCGAUCUCCCAAUCGAUCUUUAUCCAUGGUCUGAUGAAACCUACACCCUUGUCAAACAAGUUCUCGGUGACUCUAUGGAAAAUCUUAUCAAACUUACUUUUUGUUAUUAUUAUCUUACUGUCAUUGCAAGAGUAUUGGAUAUUCAUGUACAUUUAUAUUAUAGUAAAUCUGUUGUAAAUAAUUCUAAAGUUUCAUUAGCACAUAGUAUGGCAACUUUAUUACAACAAAAUACACCAGAUAUUUUGGAUAAAUUAUUUACAGGUAUUAAACAUAGAAGUUCGACAGUAUCAUCAUUUUGUUUGUUUGUAUUGUUGCAAUUUAUGCAUAAUCAGGAAGGUAUGGCCAUCCACAAUUGUUUGCGUGCCGAUAGUUCAUUCCUCUUUGAACGUGUCAAGGGUGUGUGUGACAGCAAGAUGAAGCAUGUCCAGUUUGCUGCCCGUCGUCUCUUUUCAGUGUUGGCCAAGGCUCCAUGGAUCGAUUUCAUCUACAAGGAAUACACCAAGGAUCCAGAGUCGGCAGUCCGCGACUUUUUGGGCGACGAUGAUAAAAAGCCAUCGAAUUUGUUGCUCGAAAUGACAAUGGACUUUUUCAAUGUUGCUCUUGACCGCACCAUGGAAGUUGUCAAUGCAUCCAACCCCAUUUCCAACACGACUAUCAAUACCACCCCCCCUCUUACACCGGUCGGCUCACCUCCACCUGCUCCAGGCGGCACUCUCACACCAACCAUCACGAUUGGUAUCAAGAACAAGUUUUUGUUUGUCUUGGACGAACCCCAAGAACGUGUCGUACCAGAUGAGUAUUGCCACGCAGAUGCUCGCCAAGCUGGCCACCACCCACUGCAAGCUCGGCACGAUCAAUGCCACGCAAGACGUCAAGACAUCGCAAAAGAAGUGGGGCAACUGCCUCUUGUCGCUGUCGCCAACCGACGUGCGUAG